UUAACUAGGAUAUGGGCACUCUUGUAAUUCUGGUCGGGUCUAGAAUUCCACCAUGAGUUAGCCACUAUGGGUAGUAUUCUGUACCUCUUGAUCAUGCUCCUCUGUCUGUCUCACUGCACAUUGUGCCAGUCUAUCUCUUAUGGUCAUUAAUUCACCACAACACCGUUAUCUCUCUCCUUCACCUUCCUUCUUUAUAUCUUUACACAAACUCAUAUUUAUCCCUUAAAUAUUAUUCCACCUCCAACACUCAUUUCACCACAAAAAAGGGGAGAAUGGGAGACACCAAACUAACCCAAGUACUCUUCCUACUCUUCACCUUAAUUCUUGCAGCUAAAGUUACGCAAGGAAUUAAAACAGGGGAAUUGGUAUCCCACAUAGAACCAAGUUUGGAGGAUGGCAAUGAGGCAUGGAAAAUGAGGAAUUCUAGGAGAUUGAUGAUUGGAUCCACAGCACCAACUUGUACGUACAAUGAGUGUAGAGGUUGCAAGUAUAGAUGCAGGGCUGAGCAAGUGCCUGUAGAGGGAAAUGACCCAAUUAAUAGCCCAUACCACUACAGAUGUGUUUGUCAUAGAUGAUAUAUCAUAGUCAAUAAUGAAUUAUAGCAUAAUGUAAUUUUGAGUUCUAGUAGACAUUAGUCUGAAGUCACUGCCAAGAGAACUUCUAUUCCUUAUUACUUCCACCAUUCCCCUUCCAAUGCUAGCAGUUGUGAGUGCCUGUGCUGAAAGGUGCAAAAAUUUUGCAUUUGCUUUGUUGUCAUUCAAUUACUAAUAAGAAGCCUAUUUGCUGUGUUUCAUUUUGGUAUUUUUA